ACCGCAGUUUGUGUCUAAUCCAGGCGUUUUGGAGCUCCACCUUAACAUGAGUAGCUGUCAGGGGGUGACCGAGAAGGGGUUCAUCGGUUCGAAGGAAAGGGAAGCGGUGGGGCGGUGAAAACGUUGCCCUUACGCGAGAGCGGGCGCAGAGCGCGGUGUUCUCGCUUCCUCGAGUGGGCUAAAGCAUUUUGGUUCAUUCAAAGCCCGAGUACAAAUUGCUGGCGCUGGUAAUUCGCAGAGGGGAGAAAGGUGUGGCGGUUGUAAAAACCAUUAGGAACUUGUAAAAUUAGCAGCCCCUGUGGGGAACAGCGUUAAAGAAGUUGCUCACUUCCGAAUAGCGGUGCCUCCAGAAGUUUUCCUCUUUGCGAUACAGCCUGUCACAGCUGUGAGGUUUUCUUUCGUCCUGCUCCGCAAAGUUACCCUUUCUGUCGAAGGGCUGGUUUCGCUCUGUAGUCGUUAUUAAAGAAGAUGUGUGUAGUUAGAAACUGUGUAUGUGAAGAAACAAGUUCCUAGUGCAGCAGUCGAUUCUAAGGAAACUUUUAAUUUUGUGCUUCGAGAAACCUGAUCGCUUCUUGGAUUACUUUUCUACCUUGGUCGAGAAGAUAACGUCAAGAAAAUGGAAACAGAUGAGGCUCAAGAUAUGUCCCAGGUUUCAGGGAAGGAAAGUCCUCCAAUUAGUGAUGUCCCAGAUGAUGCAGAUGAACCUAUGCCUGUACCAGAGGACCUUUCAACUACUUCUGGAGGACAACAGAGUGCUAAGAAUGAGAGAAUCUUGGCCGGUAAUAUUAAAAUAGAGACUCAGAGUGAUGAAGAGAAUGGGCGUGCCUGUGAAAUGAAUGGGGAAGAAUGUGCGGAGGAUUUACGAAUGCUUGAUACCUCGGGGGAGAAAAUGAAUGGCUCACACAAUGGCCCAGGCAGCAAGGCUAUGUCAGGAGUUGGAGGCAUUCGACUUCCUAAUGGAAAACUAAAAUGUGAUAUCUGUGGGAUAAUUUGCAUCGGUCCCAAUGUGCUCAUGGUUCACAAACGAAGCCAUACGGGAGAACGCCCUUUCCAGUGCAAUCAGUGUGGAGCCUCCUUUACACAGAAGGGCAACCUUCUGCGCCACAUAAAGUUGCACUCCGGUGAAAAGCCCUUCAAGUGUCACCUGUGUAAUUACGCCUGCCGCCGCAGGGAUGCCCUCACGGGACACCUGAGGACCCACUCCGUUGGCAAACCCCAUAAGUGUGGAUACUGUGGUCGCAGCUAUAAACAGCGCAGCUCUUUGGAAGAACAUAAAGAACGCUGUCAUAACUACCUGCAAACCAUGAAUAUCUCAAGCAGCCUUUAUUCAGCCAUAAAAGAGGAAACUAACCAGAGUGAAAUGGCUGAAGACCUGUGCAAGAUAGGGUCAGAAAGAUCGCUCGUGCUGGAUAGACUAGCAAGUAACGUCGCCAAACGUAAGAGCUCUAUGCCUCAGAAAUUUGUUGGUGAGAAAUGUCUGCCCGAUCUUCCGUACGAUGCCACCACAAACUAUGAGAAGGAGAACGAGAUCAUGCAGACACAUGUUAUAGACCAGGCCAUCAAUAAUGCCAUCAGUUACCUGGGGGCAGAGUCCCUGCGUCCCCUUGUCCAGACACCACCAGGUGGUUCUGAGGUGGUCCCUGUCAUCAGCCCCAUGUAUCAGCUCCACAAACCUCUCGGGGACAAUCAGACUCGCUCCAACCACACAGCUCAGGACAGUGCAGUGGAAAACUUGUUGCUGCUUUCCAAAGCCAAAUCUGUCUCCUCCGAACGAGAUGCCUCUCCCAGCAACAGCUGCCAAGACUCAACAGAUACAGAGAGCAAUAACGAGGAACGCAGUGGUUUAAUUUACCUGACAAACCACAUAGGUCCUCAUGCCAGAAACGGCAUCUCCAUAAAAGAAGAAAACAGGCCAUAUGAUGUUUUGAGGGCAGGUACUGACAAUUCCCAGGAUGCUUUCAAAGUGAUCAGCAGCAAUGGAGAGCAAGUGAAAGUUUACAAGUGCGAACAUUGUCGAGUGCUUUUCCUAGAUCAUGUGAUGUACACGAUCCAUAUGGGCUGCCACGGGUUCCGCGAUCCCUUUGAAUGCAACAUGUGUGGCUACCACAGCCAGGACAGGUACGAAUUCUCUUCCCACAUAACUCGAGGGGAGCACCGUUUCCACAUGAGUUAAAACAGCCUCCACAGCUACAUUACUGGAGCUGCAUGAGCCACAACAACAAAGCACAAGUCAGCUGGACAGUAAAAGUAACAAGAGAAUCAAAUGUUCAGUUAUCUUCUCUCACAAGAAAAUAUUUCUCCUUUUGGUAGCAUGCAUUGCAAUUCAGUUUUCUAAAAUGAGUACUUAAGUUUUUACUGAAAAUGUUUAAUCCCAGAAAAACUUUUAGUAACAUUAAAUAGGAGCUUUUGUAGUUACAUAGCUGAAAGUCCUUCCCUUAACUGAUGCUUUUUGCAAACCUCCCUUGCCAGGACUGUUGCCCACAUGCAGGAUGCACCCCGUGGACAAGGAUGCAACAGGCAGGAGUGGCCAAGCUUUCUCUCUUAAAACUCUGAGGGGCUCUUAAACCAGAUGUAUGGGUUUUGACUUUCUGUUAUUAUUAUUUGACUCUUUUUGGAAGAUUAAACUCAAGUAAAGAUGGAAGGCCCCAUCUCUGAUAACUUCACAGACAGCUGAGAUGGGACAGGACCCCACAACCAAGGGGUUCCUAGUUGCUUUGGUGGUAAAAAGUAGAACAUUUCCACCUGCAAGGUUGCUGCUGGUAUUGACGUCAUGGCAUGCCUUGUUUGUGUCACUGGGCAGGUGAGCAGGUAUGUGAAAGACAGAAGAAACGCCCUUGUAAUAUACUCUGUGAAGUAUGAGUUGCAUUUAAUGUGUAGAAAAAGAGUAUUGUUCACUCUUCUUUGAAUAAAUGUUUUCUUUCCCUAUCCAAUAAAACCCCACUUUUCGUUAAGCAAACCCUCUGCGUAAACAAGUUACACUGUAUUUCAUUUUUCUUUCUUUUCUAAGUUUUAGUUAUUUAGAAAAGUAUAAUGUACAGUUGAUAAAAGCAAUAGCUAGAAAUGUGUGGGGAAAGUCUCCUCAUGCACAUUUUGCCUCUUUUUAAACUGGCUGGAAAACAACCAAUUGUCCCUCUCUUACAUAUGAAAAAAAACACCACUAAACAUUUUGCUGGCACAGAAGAUGGUCUAUUGUAGAUUUUGUGGCUCUAUUUGCAAGUAUUGCACUUGAUUAUUUUUAAAGUUCUGAGCUGAAUUAAACCAGCCCAUAGAAAUUUGUAGGCUUUUCCUUUUUUCCUGCCACUUGCUGUUUGAUGAGAGACCAAGCUCUGUAAAGGUGCUGAGAACCCUGGCUUCCUAUUCAACAAAUCAUUUCACCGUAUGCUUAAAGUUAGCUUUACUUCAGCGGAACUAAAGAUUAAAAAAAAAAAAAAAAAAAAAAAAAGGAUGUUUGCUGAAUGGAGACCAGAGCCUGCAGCACUUUGCAGAGUGCAGUAAAGUCCACCAAAAAGCUUUCUCCAUGGCUGGUUCUGCUGCAGAUACUAUAACUUCAGUUAGAAUAAAACAUUCUGAGAUUAAUAGAUUUUAAUCCCAAACACAGCUGAUAUUAAAAAAACCACCUUUUUUUAAAGCUUCUACUUAACUUCCUCUUCCAAAUAGUUCAUUCUUUUCUCUGAACAGCCUCAUACUUCAAGAUUAGGAAAAAAAAAAUUUGCAGCUGCAUAAACAUCUGUCAUCGGUGCUGCAAUACUUCCUGGCAACACUCAUAAAAAUAAGCCAUCUUAUUAACUUAAUAUAUAAAUACUUGCAUUCUGCAUCAUAAGUCGUCAUUCUACAAUAAACACAAUCAUAUAACCAACAGGACUAACAGUCUUGUCAUGCAGUUACAUAUUCUCCAUUCACAACUGCAGGCAAGCACAUUUAUUUAUUAUAAAAUGCAAUAUUUAUUAUAAGAUGCAAUGGCAGCAUGAACGCUUGUACCUAAACCAAUUUGGCCUGAUAUGUGUAGCUAUAUUUGAUUUACAUUUCCUAUAUAUACAUACUAUUACAGACACGCAGAGUUUCUCCUUCUGCUUUCACUUUUGCAGGUGUAAGUCAAGAGCAACAACACUGAAGUUGUUAGAAGAAAGAUACUGAUGAAAUAUUGGAUUACAGAUAUAUGGUUUUACAAUCUCCCAUCUUAACUUACCAUGCCACCGGCAAGACCCUUCCUUCACAUGACAGUGUGCGCAUAGAGGUGACUGUACUCUGACCAUGCCUGUGCCAGAGCUUUGUCACCAGAUGCGAACGCCAUGUAUGGAUAUCCGUAGAUGCACAGACAUACCCACAGCAGUGAAAACAAAUCACUGGUACAUGUUAGGUAGGCUCGUACAUGCUGGAUAGCCAAUGACUCUCCCAAAAUGAGUAAACUACAGACCCAAAAGUGAUCCACUCUACUCCUACAUUAUAACUCAGUUGCCUCAAGAGACAUAUUGCUUGUUACCUUCCAACCCCAGACACUGUGCAGGGAGUGGGCACAAGAGAUCAUUGGCUGCUUUCAUGACCCAGCUAUGGUUUCCUCAUCAAUGCCCACUAUGCAUUCAUAUUUGAGACAGACUGCUGCUGACAACCAGGUAUUACCAAAUAUUUUCUAUAGGCAUGAUCUGAAGAUGACCUUCAAGUAGGAAGCUUAUGGUGAUGAUUUUUUUUUUUUUUUAAAUAAAGUUGAAAUGGGUUCAUUUUUUUCAUAGCUGGUAGGUAGAGAUACAUUCAGCUGUUCUCACCCCUCUCCACUUUUGAUUGCUACCAACCCAAGCAAGAUGGGACAAAGCAACUUCCCAGCUCUGCUGCAAUGUCCCAUGUGAAGCUGGAUGUUGGCUGUACAGAAACAUUCUGCUUUUAUUGCUCUUAGACCUCUUUCCUACCAUCUUUAGAUGUAGGCCACUAUAUAAUCCAUGCCAUCAUUUUUUUAAACCCUUUAUUUUUAAACACCCCAACCUCUAAAGGGUAGGGGGACAGAAGUUACUCAGGUAGUUUUGUUUCUUUGCUUUUACUAAAACCCAACACAAAUAAAGCCACGUUCAUUAACUGUGUAAACAAGUUCCAGUGGAAUUUAAGACUGCCUUGAACUUAGCUUUUAAAUGUGACUUCCAACUACUGGGUAGGCUCACUGCCUUUGCAACAUCUCUGUGCACACACGCACGUGUAUGAGUGUCUGUGUCACUUUUCUUGUUGACAUGCACAUGCCUUACCUGUGGUUUUUGUGUAUCAUUAAUAUUUUAUAUACAUAUGUAUGUGUGUGUGGGUAUAUAUAUCUAAAAUGGUUCGUAUGACAUUAUGAUGCAUUGUCAGUCACAGUGGGUUUGUUUCCUGGGUCUGGAGUUUUCUUAUUUAUAUUAUAACAGAAUAUGUUGAUGUUGUAUAUAUUAGAGUACUGUAGUAUAAGUAUAUUAAGACACAGUGUACCAGAGGGUGUAGUCUAAAGGCAGGAGCAAACAGUAUCCUCCGUGAAGGGUUGGGGUUUUUUUUUACGUUUGCUUUUUUGGUGGGUUUUUGGUUUUUUUUUUUUUUUUUU